CACAAAGUAAUUCAACCCCCAAACCCGGAUGUAACCAACGCCUAACCUGUGGGAAGAAAAACGAUGCAGACUAUAAAAUGUGUAGUAGUAGGAGAUGGGGCGGUAGGAAAGACGUGCUUACUGAUCUCCUACACAACCAACAAGUUCCCCUCAGAAUAUGUGCCUACGGUUUUUGACAAUUAUGCCGUGACGGUGAUGAUCGGCGGAGAGCCGUAUACACUCGGCCUUUUUGACACAGCUGGUCAGGAGGAUUACGACAGGCUCCGUCCUCUCAGCUACCCUCAAACAGAUGUAUUUCUUGUAUGUUUCUCUGUUGUGUCGCCAUCAUCGUAUGAAAAUGUCAAAGAGAAGUGGGUCCCUGAGAUUUCCCACCACUGCCCGAGCACCCCCUUCCUGUUGGUGGGGACACAGGUGGACCUGCGGGAAGACAGCAACACGGUGGAGAAGCUAGCAAAGAACAAACAGCGCCCCUUAUUUCCCGAGAGUGGCGAGAAGCUGGCUCGUGAGCUCAAGGCCGUCAAAUAUGUGGAGUGCUCUGCACUCACGCAGCGAGGACUUAAGAAUGUGUUUGAUGAGGCCAUACUGGCAGCUUUGGAGCCCCCGGAGACCAAAACCAAGAAGAGGUGUGUUCUGCUAUAGAACAGUGCUGAUCGUGAGAUGCGUAACAGUGUAUUUAAAAAACAAAAAACAAACAAAAAAAAAAAAACAAAAAAAAA